UCCGCCCCUUUCUCGCGGGCAGGGCAGAGCCCGGCCGUCCAGCGACCGCUGGCUAAAGAGCCAGUGACUUCCUUGUUGUGAGUGUCGGCCUGGCCGUGUCCGGAGUCGCAGCCCCACGGUGCUCACCCGGAAGCCCCGGCGUGAGUCGAGCUCCAAGCCACAACCAUGCCCAACCCCAGCAGCACCUCCGCUCCCGGCCCGCUCCCGGAGGAAAUUAGGAACCUGUUGGCAGAUGUUGAAACAUUUGUAGCAGAUACACUGAAAGGGGAAAAUUUAUCCAAGAAAGCAAAGGAAAAGAGAGACUCUCUCAUUAAGAAGAUAAAAGAUGUAAAGUCUGUCUAUCUUCAGGAAUUUCAAGACAAAGGUGAUGCCGAGGAGGGGGAUGAAUACGACGAUCCCUUUUCUGGACCUGCAGACACUAUUUCCUUAGCCUCAGAACGCUACGAUAAAGAUGAUGAUGGCCCAUCUGAUGGAAACCAGUUCCCUCCGAUUGCAGCCCAGGACCUCCCUUUUGUCCUAAAGGCCGGCUACCUGGAAAAACGCAGAAAAGAUCACAGCUUCCUGGGGUUUGAAUGGCAGAAGCGCUGGUGUGCUCUCAGCAAGACGGUAUUCUACUACUACGGGAGUGAUAAAGACAAACAGCAGAAAGGUGAAUUUGCAAUAGAUGGCUAUGAUGUCAGAUUGAAUAACACCCUUAGAAAGGAUGGAAAGAAAGAUUGCUGUUUUGAAAUCUGUGCUCCUGAUAAACGUAUCUAUCAGUUUACAGCAGCCUCUCCCAAAGAUGCUGAGGAAUGGGUCCAGCAGCUGAAAUUUAUAUUACAAGACAUGGGAUCUGAUGUUAUUCCCGAGGAUGAUGACGAAAGAGGAGAAUUAUAUGAUGAUGUCGAUCAUCCUGUUCCAGUCAGCAGCCCACCGAGGAACCAACCAAUAGAUGAUGAAAUUUAUGAAGAACUUCCAGAGGAGGAAGAGGACACUGCUUCGGUGAAGACGGCCGAGCAAGGCAAGGGGAGUCAGGACAGUACUCAUCACCCCUCAGGAGAUAAAAGCACUGAUUAUGCUAAUUUUUACCAGGGCUUGUGGGAUUGUACUGGAGAUCUCUCUGACGAGUUGUCCUUUAAGCGUGGUGAUGUGAUUUACAUUCUCAGCAAGGAAUACAAUAGAUAUGGCUGGUGGGUAGGAGAAAUGAAGGGAGCCAUUGGCUUGGUGCCUAAAGCCUACGUAAUGGAGAUGUAUGAUAUUUGAGAGUCUGGCAGGAAAGAAAAAUCAACAUUUCUACUGAAGAAAAAAAAAAUGCAACUUUCCCUUUGGCGAAGUCUUCUGUCGGUCUGCAAGCGCUUUGGUUUUGGAGCCCCGAGAGCCUGAAGGGGGCUCAGAGCUGCCUCUCGUGGGCUGAGUAUUCCUGUCUCAGCUGUUAUUCUAUGUCGUCACUCACUAAAGCACUCCUGAUGCCAGUUUACUCGAGCAGAAAUCAGUUAAUGUCAGACACAAGCAGUAGAAAUAAGACCUGUUGCUGUCUUGCAAACAAUAAUUAGUUUUCAUUUACCCAUUUAGUGUGUGUGGAAAAAUCCACUGUGAUUAUGUGUGAGUCUUAGUCACUUAAGUUGCCGGUGGAGGCUGCUAUUUCUCUUAGUCACUGGGCAUAAGCUAAUUUUAGAGUGCUGCAUAUAAUUUCAUAGACUUUGUAAAUUUCGAGUCUAUUAAAGACCUUUUAAAAGCUGUGUGGCUAACUUAGCUUAGUAUUUUAUUCCUCACAGAGUAAUAGCGUGUCGUUAAGGAAGCUGUACAGAUUCACGAGCGUGCUUGCUGUUGAAUGACAAAGGGAAACAUGAGAGCACACUUGCUACAGUUUUAUACAGUGCAAACCGGAGCUCCGUUUGCGCAAACCUAUUGUGAUGAUGGUCUCGCCAGUGUUUCCUAAUACAGUUUUAUUUACAUUUAAAGAAGUCACAGGUUCAUAAAAAUCCACAGUUACCACUAAUGCAGUGGUGGAAGCAGCGUCUGGGUCUGAGGGCGCCCGGGCGCUCCCCCACCUUGCUGCCCAUCAUUGCUGUGCUCUCGCAGUCCUGAGCGAGUCUGCUGUGUGCUUCUCUGAACCAAAGAAAAGAAAGACUCAGAAUGGUAACAGUUGCCCCAGUGAGUGGAAGGGUAGGUUGACCUGGGCCCUCAUACUAUCUGUUGCUGUGUGGCUAAGGUUUGUAGAAUCCUAUCAGCUCCCUUUCGUAUAUAGUUAAAAUCAGGGUAUUUUUAAUCAUCUCUGGAGAGGCCAGGAUAGCCUUACUCUGUAGCAAAUGCACUAAUGACUAGAUGUUUUGGAGUAAAUGUAAUCUACUAUUGAAUUAUUCUUUACCAAGUCCUAACUUUUGCCUAAUUUUCUAGAUAGUAAUGUAAAUGGCUGAGACGAUUUUUAAAUCGACACUAUUUAUGUAAAACUAUAUUUAGAAGUUAUAGUAAAUAGUGUGUAUUUUACUGUUACCCUAUAAAUGUUGCAACCGCUCAUUUUCCAAAGUAAAAGAGAAAAAUCUUAACUUUAGGGGUUGUGAGUAAACUCAGGUUUAUCUGUGUAGACAUAGUCCAAAGUUUUCAGAAAUCACAUUUUUCCAAUUACCCUUCUCCUAUUAGAGUGUCAUCUAAAUAGGUGGAAAUCAUCUUGGAAAAAGUUAAGACAGGCAGAAAUGAGUUCAGUGGGCUGGCUUUCCAAGACCGUGUGGUUGAAAAGCAAAAGCCUAGCCUAUGCUUGCAUGUUUUGUGCCUUUAACUUAAGUGGCCAGCAGAUGGCAGCAGCUUGUCAUUUGCACAUGCACCACUAGGGAACCCCUCCCCCAUUCGGGCCGGCUGAGAAGAGGAUAGGAAAUUUCUGACUCCUUUUCCCUUUAAUCCAGGAGAGGGAGUCCUUUGCCAGCUGAUGGCCAACAUUUCCAGCAAGGAGGCUGGGCGCUGCUUCUGUCCAGCACCUCUGGCCUUUGUUCUUUUUUAAAACUUGAAUAUACAUGGAAGAUAAAAGAUUGGAACCAAAGGCCUUUAAAAUUGGGAGAGAUGAGAAAAAUUGCUGUUUCUUACGCUUUGUGGAUGCUUUCUGUUCUGUUGAUGAACUCGUUUUUGUGCUGUGAGGAAGUUUCUCUCUACCCUUGACAGUUCAUCACAUUCUCUUCAAGAUCAUAAUAACAUCAUUAAUGUGAAUUUAAACAACGCGGCUUGUUAGAAAAUAUGCUAAUUGUUAUGUUCUCAUUAUGUUUGCUUAGCUUUUAUUUGUUUUUCUAUGAACAGUUAGAGAGCUAAUUUUUGAAAGGUGAUUGUAAGUCAUAUUUUAUAUGGCAUUUUGCUUGAUCGUUUGCUCUGUACUGAAUCUGUACUCUGUUGCCAUUAGAUCUUACAAUAAUGUUCCACUCUGCAAAUUUUUAAGGUUCAAAUAAAGUUUAAUUGUUUGCAAA